GCGCCCCUCGUUGUGUCUUUUUGGUCCACGCGGUCCAUGAAAUAGGAUCAUGAGUCCUGGGAUGAGUGGUUUAGGAAACCUCGGAGCCAUGUUAGCUGGGAGUUUGGUUUUGAUUUAGUUUGAGCUGGUUGGUGAGCUCUGCCCCCAGCGUAUUUGGUGGUUUUUCUCGUCUUGUGUCUUCUGCAGGGAGUUAACUUGACCUCUGCCUCUGUCGUAGGGAGUCAGUACCAAAUGAGGAGGAAAGGACGAUGUCAUCGCGGCGCUGCAACGAGACACCCUUCCUCCCCGUGCAGUACUAAGCACUCCCCCACACGAGAGACCCUGACCUACGCGCAAGCCCAGAGGAUGGUGGAGAUCGAGAUUGAGGGGCGCCUGCACAGGAUCAGCAUUUUUGAUCCCCUGGAGAUCAUAUUAGAAGAUGACCUCACCGCUCAAGAACUGAGCGAGUGCAACAGCAAUAAGGAGAACAGUGAGAGGCCGCCCGUGUGCUUACGAACUAAGCGCCACAAAAACAACAGAGUCAAAAAGAAACAUGAAGCCGUCCCCAGUGCCCACGGCCCACUGGCGUCGGCCAGCGCGCUUCCUGAGCCCAAGGUGCGGAUCGUGGAGUACAGCCCGCCCUCUGCCCCGAGGCGGCCCCCGGUGUACUACAAGUUCAUCGAGAAGUCGGCCGAGGAGCUGGACAACGAGGUGGAGUACGACAUGGACGAGGAGGACUACGCCUGGCUGGAGAUCGUCAACGAGAAGCGGAAGGGCGACUGCGUCUCGGCCGUGUCCCAGAGCGUGUUUGAGUUCUUGAUGGACCGCUUCGAGAAGGAGUCCUACUGUGAGAACCAGAAGCAGGGGGAGCAGCAGUCCCUGAUUGACGAGGACGCCGUGUGCUGCAUCUGCAUGGACGGCGAGUGCCAGAACAGCAACGUGAUUCUCUUCUGUGACAUGUGUAACCUGGCGGUGCACCAGGAGUGCUACGGGGUGCCCUACAUCCCCGAGGGCCAGUGGCUCUGUCGACACUGCCUGCAGUCCCGGGCCCGGCCCGCCGACUGCGUGCUCUGCCCGAACAAGGGAGGUGCCUUCAAAAAGACAGACGACGACCGCUGGGGCCACGUGGUGUGUGCCCUGUGGAUCCCGGAGGUUGGCUUUGCCAACACGGUGUUCAUCGAGCCCAUCGAUGGUGUGCGGAACAUCCCUCCGGCCCGGUGGAAACUGACGUGCUACCUCUGUAAGCAGAAGGGCGUGGGUGCCUGUAUCCAGUGCCACAAGGCAAACUGCUACACCGCCUUCCACGUGACGUGUGCCCAGAAGGCCGGCCUCUACAUGAAGAUGGAGCCCGUGAAGGAGCUCACUGGUGGUGCCACCACCUUCUCCGUCAGAAAGACCGCUUACUGUGACGUCCACACGCCCCCGGGCUGUACGCGGAGGCCUUUGAACAUUUACGGGGAUGUCGAAAUGAAAAACGGUGUCUGUCGAAAAGAGAGCUCCGUCAAAGCGGUCAGGUCCACGUCCAAGGUCAGGAAGAAAGCAAAAAAGACCAAGAAGACGCUGAGUGAGCCGUGUGCGGCCCUGCCGCCUGUGUGCGCGCCUUACAUCCCCCCUCCGAGAUUAAAUAGGAUUGCGAAUCAGGUGGCCAUCCAGCGGAAGAAGCAGUUUGUUGAGAGAGCCCACAGCUACUGGCUGCUCAAAAGGCUGUCGAGGAACGGCGCCCCCCUGCUGCGGCGACUCCAGUCCAGCCUGCAGUCCCAGAGGAGCUCGCAGCAGAGAGAAAACGACGAGGAGAUCCAAGCUGCCAAAGAGAAGCUGAAGUACUGGCAGCGACUGCGGCACGACCUGGAGCGCGCGCGCCUGCUGAUCGAGCUCCUGCGCAAGCGGGAAAAGCUCAAGCGAGAGCAGGUGAAGGUGGAGCAGAUGGCCCUGGAGCUGCGGCUGACCCCGCUCACGGUGCUGCUGCGCUCCGUCCUCGACCAGCUGCAGGAGAAGGACCCGGCUCGGAUAUUUGCCCAGCCGGUGAGCCUGAAGGAGGUACCAGAUUAUUUGGAUCACAUUAAACAUCCCAUGGACUUUGCCACAAUGAGGAAACGGUUAGAAGCUCAAGGGUAUAGACACCUCACUGAGUUUGAGGAGGAUUUUAAUCUCAUUGUAGAUAACUGCAUGAAGUACAACGCCAAGGACACGGUGUUUUAUAGAGCCGCCGUGAGGCUGCGCGAUCAGGGCGGUGUCGUUCUGAGGCAGGCCAGGCGCCAGGCGGACAGCAUCGGCUUCGAGGAGGCCUCGGGGAUGCACCUGCCUGAGCGGCCUGCUGCGGCCCCCCGGCGGCCUUUCUCCUGGGACGACGUGGACAGGUUGCUGAACCCGGCCAACAGGGCCCACAUGGUCCUGGAGGAGCAGCUGCGAGAGCUGCUGGACAAGCUGGACCUCACGUGCGCCAUGAAGUCCAGCGGGUCUCGGAGCAAGCGGGCCAAGCUCCUGAGAAAGGAGAUUGCUGUCCUUCGAAACAAACUGAGCCAGCAGCACAGCCAGCCCCCGCCUGCGGAAUCAGGUAUUGGAAGCUUUGAAGAGGAAGGUGCUCAGCUGGGGCAGGAGACGGGGGAGGAAGGUCUCACCAAUGGCUUUGGGGGCGCACGGAGCGAGCAGGAGCUGGGUGGCGCCCCGGGGAGGAGAGCCGCACCCCGACGACGCUGCGCCUCGGAGUCCAGCAUCUCUUCCAGCAGCAGCCCGCUCUGCGACUCGAGUUUUAGCGCGCCCAAGUGUGGCCGGGGCAAGCCCGCCCUGGUGCGCAGGCACACGCUGGAGGACCGCAGCGAGCUGAUCUCCUGCAUCGAGAACGGGAACUAUGCCAAGGCGGCCAGGAUCGCCGCAGAGGUCGGUCAGAACAGCAUGUGGAUUUCAACGGAUGCUGCGGCCUCCGUUCUCGAGCCUCUGAAAGUCGUGUGGGCCAAGUGCAGUGGCUACCCCUCCUAUCCGGCCCUGAUCAUCGACCCCAAGAUGCCACGUGUGCCUGGCCACCACAAUGGGGUCACCAUCCCGGCCCCGCCGCUGGACGUGCUGAAGAUAGGCGAGCACAUGCAGACCAAGGCUGAUGAGAAGCUGUUCCUCGUUCUCUUCUUUGACAACAAGAGAAGCUGGCAAUGGCUCCCCAAGUCCAAAAUGGUCCCCCUGGGCAUGGACGAGACCAUAGACAAACUGAAGAUGAUGGAGGGGCGGAACUCCAGCAUCAGGAAGGCCGUGAGGGUCGCCUUCGACCGUGCCAUGAGCCACCUGAGCCGCGUGCACGGGGAGCCCACCAGCGACCUCAGUGACAUCGACUGACCUGCCCGCCUUCCCGUGGCCUUGUCCAUAGUGUGGAUAAGCUGUACAUGCGUGUAUAUUGUUCCAGACUUAACUUAUUCUGAUUUCUAGGCCUGGUUCUUUCGUUCUUCCUCCCCUGGGGAGGGCAGGUUUUGUUUCCAAGUUCUCUGUGAAACCAUCCCCGUCUGGGCGCUCUGUGAACGGCGUGGGUGCUCUUCCGAACUCGUCUGUGCCUGCCGCAGAUCAGGCCGGAGGGUGCUGCUCGUGUCACUUUCAUUGAUCUGUAGCUUUUUUUUAAAGACUUUUGAAUGUUUAAUAAUUUUGUAAAUCAUACUCUUUACACGGAGUACCACUAUUUAAUAAGACGGGAUGUAAAUUUACGAUGACAAAUGUGUAUUUUAAGAAAGAAAAUGACAUUAUUUUGAUGGUACUUUGUGGAAAGAGGUGGAGAAUAAAUUUAUGCUGUGUACAUCACUUGCAAAUCACCAAAAACACUCCGCCGCCCCCCGUGAGGGCCGGGGCAGGCGCUUCCUCUGGGUGUCGCUGUCCUCACCGUCCUCGUCCGCCUCCAGCCUCCGCCCGCCUGCCCUAGCCUUCCACGGGUGUGCCUCCCAGCGGAUUAUUUAUUGUAGAAAGUGUAUUCAUUUGCUUUAUAAUGAAAAAUAAAUUUGCAGAAGUAUAUUGAUAUGCAUUUUUAUACAGGCACAUAAAAAUUCAACUUGCUUUGGGAGCCGGAUGUGUUGGUUGUUGUGUAAAUGACUCUGGCUGUGUGUUCUUUGAUUUUGUAACUUGUAAUCUUCUGUUUACAAUGAGGGGCUUUCUGUAACUUGUUUUAAUUUAGAACACUUUGGUAGCAAUAGAAACUUUGGAUACAUUUUUGUAUGGUACAUGUGAUGUAUAUAGAAUUAGUACUUUAUUUUUAUUUUUAAGAGGUAAAGCAUUAUGUUAGGGGAAAAGGUAGGGUGGGUUUCCAAAAAUGCGGUUUUUAUAUUAAAAAAUAAAGUCAAGAUUUGGACGGUGUGGCCACUUCAUUCCUCCCUCACUGGGGCGCUGGGCGGGCUCGCGGCAGCCUGUCCCCGCCAGCUCAUCGAGGCACUCGACAUGCCUUCAUCUUAAAGUUGUCAUGGGAUGGCAUUAUUUAUUAUUUUACCUAAUCAUAUUUUUAUUUUAAACUGGUAGUUUUAAAAUUUUUUAAAUGUUUUUUUCCUCCCUUCAGUCUCCAUUGUUUGUAACAUCUCCAUAGAAACUUGAAAAUAAAACGUCUUCCUUUGAUAGCUU